UCACAUAUAUGCGGCCGUUGCGGGCCACGUUUUGCGCGGACACGGGAUCCCAUUCAUUUGAAUUGACUCCCAUGCCCGUGACACGCAGGGAAGAAGUCCCUGCACUUCUGAAAAACGCAGCCGAGGUUCCCAGUACGGUUGUGUUUUCCAGGGCGGGCGGCGUGCCAUUAGAACUAAUGGCACCCGCCCGCGGGUCCGCAUUCCUCUGUGCGGGUGGUGUGGCUGCACGGAUUUUCGUGCGGAUCCGCAGCGGCACCGCCCACACAGAUGUGAACCGGGGCUUAUUGCCAAAGUUUCAC